CAUAGUAAGUCUUGCAUAAGCUUGAUGUGGUAGCUAGGGAGAGUAGAAUACAUUCUCUCUCUCUUUCUCACGCUCCUCUCUACACAUUUAGGACGUAGGAGCCCUUCUUGGCUGCCAACGCUGCUUUAUGCUUGAGCUACACAAACAAACAGAGAUCAGAGCAGCUCAAGAGACUGGCGCAUCCUACUUACACCAGAAUAGAACUCGACGUUAUCCAUUCAGCUGAUUAUAUUAGUGAAAGAGAAGACAAGACCAGGGAAAGAGUUACAGGAAUUAGUGAAUUGGUUGAAUCAAUCAAUCAAGACCUUAAAAAGGUUCCUUCCUUACAUUCCAAUUGCAGCAUAUACCGAGUUCCCAUGCCGCUAUUCAAAACAAACCCCGAAGCCUACAAACCUCGCCUGGUCUCCAUCGGCCCUUUUCACCGCUACGCGAACCACUUAAAGCCCAUGGAAGCACACAAGUUGUUGUAUCUGAAGGAUUUUCUAGACCGCAGCGAAUCUGAGCCGACAAUCUGCUUGGAGGAAUAUGUUGGGGCCAUGACAAAAUUGGAAAACAAAGCUCGGCAAUGUUACUCGGAAAACAUCCAACUCAAAACCAAAGACGAAUUUGCGAAAAUGAUGCUAAUUGAUGGCUGCUUCAUACUUGAACUCAUCCUCAAGACUAAUUAUCCAGAUGAGCACAGACGCCCUGAUGAUCCCAUAAUGAAAGCGACAUGGAUGUCUACGGUUAUAAAGUGCGACCUGAUUCUACUAGAAAAUCAACUUCCCUUAGAUGUUCUUCGGCAUCUCUACCAAUUAUUCACCCAGAAUUCCAAGUCUAAAUAUGGAGUACUUGAUACACUCAUUUCCAAUUUCUUCCAAGAUCUUGUGGCGCACCCCCAAAUUAACCAUAUCUCUGAAAAUCAAUUUCGACACUUUCCUAUAGUCCAGAAGUUUUUCCUACCCGCGAACAAAGUUGAAGAAGAGGCAGAAGAACCGUCGAUACCCAAGAAAACAGAGGCCUCCACUUCAGUACUGGAAGAAGCUGAUGAUGUUGAAGCAAAACUUGAAAAAUACUCCCAAGCAAAGCACUUGCUUCAUUUUGUACGAGAAUUGUUACUUCCAUCACCCCCCAAGAAAACAGAGGCCUCCACACAGCGUUCGUGGGCAUGGCUGGAUGGUGUGAUGAGAUGGGUUUGGAGGGUACAGCCACGGGACCCGAAGAGAAAUCCUGAUGAAGACACGUUCGUGUGCAUUCAUUGUGCAACAGAGCUGGGAGAGGCCAACGUCAAUUUUAAGAAGGAAGAUCCAGAGAAGACACAUUUGUUGAACAUGACAUUCAAAAAUAAAGAGUUGAAAAUUCCAACCAUUAAAAUUCAGGAUGGGACGGAGUCUCUACUUCGAAACCUCAUCGCCUUUGAGCAGUAUUGUGAUCAUGAAGAUAGGCCUAUCACAAGUUAUGCUUCCUUCAUGGAUGACCUUAUCAACUCUACCAAGGAUGUCGCGUUGCUUGAGGAAAACGGAAUUAUUGAGAACUUACUUGGCGAACCAAAAGACGUGACUAAGUUAUUUAACGCUCUUCUCAAAGAGGUCACUAUAGGGAAAGACGACUUCUCCAGCGUUCGCAGAGCAUUGGUGGAUCAUUACAAGAACCCAUGGCACAAAAGUAUAGCAAGUUUGAAGCACAAUUAUUUUAACACUCCAUGGGCGUUUAUUGCUUGCUUUGCUGCAUUACUUCUCUUCCUCUUGACGGUGGUACAGACCAUUUGUUCCAUCUUAAGUCUUAAAUGAACUAUUCAGUCUCUGUAAAUUAAUAUCUGUGAUCCUCUCAUGAUGAUCGAUAAAUCUUGGCCAUAUAUAUCACAUUGUUCGUAUGCUUUCUUAUAUGGUAUAAUAUGGUAUUGGUCUUGGUUGAUAUUGAUCUAGAUCGGCUUGUAUCAUCUUUG